CGCCAUCGCAAAGUAGUCCCUGAGGGCGGGCCGCUGUGAUUGGAGGACAGCGAUGAGCAGAAGAUUUGUGCUGAAGAGGAAAGACCCGCCUGUUGGCGCCCAGUAAUUGGUGGGAGGGGAGGCAUGUGGAACUCGAGGGAGGAGAUACAGACCCUUUAGCUACAUCACCCCCUCGUGCGCAAGUGAGACUUAUCUUACCCCAAGGGUAAACGUGGGAGGUAAAGAGACCUUCCGCUGCGUAGAAGCGGCUCGACCCGGAAACAAAGUCUUUUUAAAAAACUAUUCACACUCUGGAGGGGCGGGCGGAAUUGACGUGUCGCGAAGACUGGAAGGCUUCGCAAGUUGCUAAGCGACGAGGCUGGAGAGCGAGCGCACGCCCGAGCCGCUGGGGAGUUACCUGAGGGAUUUGUGGCUGUUGCAGCUCCUAGACAGAAGAGACCGAGCGAGCGCGCCGCGGCCUGCCGGGUCCUCCUUCCCUAGUUGCCAGGGGGGACCCUCCGCUCUGGGUAGUGUCCGGUGACGAGCUGAGCAGCUUGCGGGGACGCCCCUCUGAGGCGGCCACGGGCCGCGCGUCUUCCCCACUCCAAGAGGCAGUGUUUUCUACUGAACAAUCAUAUAUGGAGGUAAAACACCACACCCUUUGAUACAGAUAAAUUUGCAUAAUGCUAGAGAUAUUGAGUAAUAGCAGUAGCAGCAACAACAAUGGUAACAAUAAAUUAAUUGAAUAAAAGUGCCCUCAAAAUAGUCCUGAGGCCUCACCCAUCCACAUGAGAAGGGUGCAUUUUACAUAUUCUAAUACAGACAGAGAUUUCUUCUGCCAUCAGAUGUCUUUCUGCUUGACUGAACUGCACCUGUGGUCUUUGAAGAAUACCUUACACAUUGGGGAUAGAGACAUAGGGAUCUACCAGUAUUAUGACAAGAAAGACCCACCAGUAUCAGUGACAGAACAUGGUAACUUAGAAGAAAAGCAGAAGCUGGCAGAAUCACGAGAUUAUCCGUGGACACUCAAAAAUAGACGCCCAGAAAAACUUCGAGACUCACUCAAGGAGUUGGAGGAACUGAUGCAAAACAGUCACUGUGUGCUGAGCAAAUGGAAGAACAAAUAUGUCUGUCAGCUCCUCUUUGGUUCAGGUGUGCUGGUGUCCCUAAGCCUCUCUGGGCCACAGCUGGAAAAAGUGGUGAUUGACAGAAGCCUGGUGGGGAAGCUCAUCUCCGACUCCAUCAGUGAUGCUCUUCUCACAGACAACUUUAUCAUCUUAUCAUUUUUGACACAAAACAAACUAUGUUUUAUUCAGUUUACCAAGAAGAUGGGUUCUCCUGAUACAAACAAAAGACUGGAAAAACUCUCAGCCUUGGAUUAUAAGAUUUCCUAUUACGAGAUACCUGGCCCAGUAAACAGGACAACAGAGCGUCGUCUAGCUAUCAAUUGUGUUCAGGAUAUAGUUGCUUGCUGGUGGCCACUGGUCAGUGAUGAUGCUUGGCCUUGGGCCCCCAUUUCUCCUGAGAAGGACAGAGCCAAUCUGCUGCUCCUAGGUUAUGCUCAAGGAAGACUGGAGGUUCUGAGUUGUGUCCGCACAGAAUGGGAUCCACUGGAUAUUCGCUUUGGCACCAAACAGCCUUAUCAGGUGUUGACAGUGGAGCGCUCCAUCAGUGUAGACAAAGAGUCCAUGGCUGACAGCUGCAUCUACGAAUACGUUCAGAACAAAAUCCAGUGUAUAUCAGUAACCAGAAUACCACUAAGAUCAAAGGCCAUUAGCUGCUGCAGGAAUGUUACUGAAGACAAACUGAUUCUGGGCUGUGAAGAUUCUUCAGUGAUUCUUUAUGAAACUCACCGUAGAGUAACUCUCUUAGCCCAGGCUAAACUUUUGCCUUCAUUAAUAAGCUGCCACCCAAGUGGCGCCAUUCUACUAGUUGGCAGCAACCAAGGGGAGCUUCAGAUUUUUGAUAUGGCUUUAUCCCCUAUUAACAUCCAGCUCCUGGCUGAAGACCGCUCACCCAGGGAGAUUCUGCAGUUCAAUAAAUUCUUUGACAUUUCCAGCAGUCUUGUUCAAAUGCAGUGGAUAGCUCCUCAGGUGGUUUCUCAGAAGCCAGAAUGUGGGGACAUCUAUGAUCUCCUCUUCCUCAGGUUUGACAGAGGACCUUUGGGUGCACUUUUGUUUAAACUUGGUAUCUUCACACGAGGACAGCUGGGCCUGACAGACACCAUUUUCCAUCACAUUCACUGUGAUGAGAUCUAUGAGGCAAUAAACAUCCUGAGCGGUAUGAACUGGGACACUCUGGGUCACCAGUGCUUUAUCAGCAUGAGUGCCAUUGUAAACCAUCUUCUUAGACAAAAACUCACUCCAGAGAGAGAAGCACAGCUUGAGGCAAGCCUUGGAACCUUUUAUGCUCCAACAAGACCACUCCUGAAUACAACUAUAUUGGAAUAUAGAGACGAAAUCAGCAAAUAUGCAAGAAGAUUCUUCCAUCACUUGCUCAGGUACCAGAGAUUUGAAAAGGCAUUUCUGUUAGCUGUUGACAUUGGUGCUCGUGACCUGUUUAUGGACAUCCAUUACUUUGCACUAGAUAAGGGUGAACUGGCACUAGCUGAAGUGGCAAGAAAAAGAGCUAGUGACAUUGAUGCAGAAUCAAUAACCUCUGGAGUUGAACUCCUGGGGCCUUUGGACAGAGGAGAUAUGCUAAAUGAAGCUUUUGUUGGCCUAUCUUUAGUUCCUCAAGGAGAAGACACAUUUCCAGAUAACCUCCCUCCCUUUUGUUCAAUCCAUAAACAUAUUAUUCAACAAAGAACACUGAAUGUCUCUUCUAAUAGACAAGUACUUGACGGAAGAAAUGAACUUGAAAAAGACACCUGUGCUGAAUCUUUGACGCCUAAGACCUGUAAUAAAGAAGGAGUCAAUGCCAAGUUUGAAGUAACUGGCGAAUUAGCCUCUAUGAACAGUCUGUGUAAAACAACUUCAGGAGAAAUGAGAGAAGACUGCAUAGAACAGGAAAUCGGAGAUGGUGGUUCUCUCAGAAUGGUUCACUUUGGCUUGGUGUAAACAAUAAAAAAACUUCCUUUUUACUUAAAAAAAAAUUUUUUUAUUUUUCACAUCUAAAUUUUUCGUGGCCUGGUACAGAUUAGAAUCUCCCUGUACAGAUUAAAAAGAGGAAAAACAGUAUGAAUUAGUUAAGAGUUUUAAAUUCAGAAUAUUCUCAAAAUAAACUUUUAUUAGUUUCAAAAACAUGUACCAUAACAGCAGUGAUCCUAAGUAAAAUCCUUAAUUUAUUUUCAAUAAUGUAAAAUUUUCAAAGUUUCUUAAAUUGUACACUAUUAGGUGCUUAAAAAGUAAAAUAUUUAAACUUGGUUCUCCCGGGGUGCCUGGGUAGCUCAGUCAUUAAGCGCCUGCCUUCGGCUCAGGUCAUGAUCCCAGGGUCCUGGGAUCGAGCCCCGCAUCUGGGCUCCCUGCUCUGCAGGAAGCCUGCUUCUCCCUCUCCCACUCCCCCUGCUUCUGUUCCCUCCCUCACUGUGUCUCUCUCUGUCAAAUAAAUAAAUUAAAAAUCUUUAAAAAAAAAAAACCCAAAAAACAAAAAACUUGGUUCUCCCAAGUAUUUUAAACAUUUCUUGUGAUCUUGUUUACAUUAUUAAUUUGCAUUAUGAAUAAGAAAUUUAUUAUGCAAAAAUUUCCACCCAGACCCAUAGUUGGGAGACAAUUUUCUAUGGGUCUCCUGAAUUAUUGCUAUGAGGCAAAGAAUGUCCCUUGGAGCCAGACACCAUCUCUGCAGCACAGGUCAGGCAUGCUUAGUGCCCAGUUGAAAAGUUUUAUUUUCUUAUUUGGUAAAGAUUUUAUUGCUAAGUAAUUAUGCCAAACAUGGGGCUCGAACUUACAACCCCAAGAUCAAGAGCUGCAUGCUCCACUGACCAAGCCAACCAGAUUCCCCACCCAUUUGAAAAGAUUUAAAGUUCCUUAAGCUCAGAGUUCCUAUCCUUUACAUAGCCCACUGAGUGUGCAGGUAUCAUCUGACCCUCUUUACAUUACCCUGUGGGAAUGGGCUUUGGAAUCAAUGCCCCCACCAAAAGUUGACACUCCAGCUACUAUUACUAUGAGUAAUAAACUGUCUUUUGUUUCUGACUCUGGAGUCUCAUGUCUUCUACCAGCAUGAAACUGUUGCUUGGUAACUUCUUAGCUUACAAGUAGGGUAAAAAUCUCAAACCCUUCAUAGUUCUUGACACCCAUUCAUUAGCAGAUAGCAUAUAUUUUACAAUAGUAAAUGUUUAGAAUAAUCAACAUCUUUUUCAAAUGUUGUACAUGAGGUAAAUUAUAUAUUUAAAUGUUAUAGUUAAAAGUUAAUUAAAUUGAAGGCUUUUAUACUUCAGAUUUUUCUCCCUGCUUCCUAUUCAUCUGUACUUCUACCAGACGGUAUGACGAAGAAAGGAAGUAAAACUCAAAUUAGAUUUUUCAGUUUGCUACUGCUCUGGAAAAGAUUUAGUAAUACAUGGUAUGUGAGCCAUACUAAAAAGAGAUGUAUUUACCAGCAAAUUUUCAUUUUACUAUUCCCAUCCUUCUUUAUCACAAUAAUCAAAAGUUAACUAAUGUUUUUAAAGAAAAAAUUGUAUUGAGAAAGUAUAGUUCUGUCAAAUUGCACACAUUUUCUCCAAAUUUUCUAAUAAAUAGUCAUUAACUAAAAAUACAAACCACAUUUCCUGAUCUACCAUAUCCUUUUAUUCAUUUCACCACAAUCUUCCACAACGAUGUGAGAGACUGGUAGAAAAGUUCAGUUUUAUUUCUAGGUCCUAUGUAAGUAGACAUAGUCUAUGCUAAAUAGAUAUAGUCAAUGCAAAAAAGUAAAAAUUUAAAUGAGACAUUAAGAUAAAAUAUACAUAUAAAUAAAACUAUUUUGUCCUAUAUAAUCAUAAUGAUGAUAAGUCUGCCAGUUACCUAAAUGAAAACUAAACAAAACAAUUUUAAUUCUUAAAUAAAUUGCCCAUUUUCCCCCUUCACGUGCCUCUGGAAAAAUUAACUCAAAUAUAUAGAAAACCAUGUCUAGACAGCAAUAAGAAUAUAUUAUACAAGAGAUCCUUGACAAUAUCCAUCUAUAAAUGUUGUGUUUUCCCAACACUGUGAACCUGGGGAUGUUUACUAAUUAAUUAUUCCAAGAAAUUAAUAUUCCUGCUCUGCUACCACCACAGCUCUAAAGUGAGAAUAGUGGCAUAGACAAGAACAGCUAGGAAGCACGUGCACUAAGAGGCUCACUUUCUCAUUUAGGAAUGGAUCUAUGAGCUUGUCUGACUAUUCUUCAAAAUGCUCAGAUCUCAAAUAAUUUCCACAAUAAUUCAUAUUAGCUAUGACACUGUGUCUUUUACCAGAAUAAACUGUUUGCAAUACCUAUCUCUUAAUGGUUUUGGUUCAUUAAAAAGCCAAAUAACCCAAACUAAUAUUACAUUUUUUUCUUACUAUCUAUACAAUAAUAAAAAUAAGAAUUAUCAAAUUUGCAAGUAAUACUAUAUUCUAAAACUUCAUUAGUUAUAUUUUUAAAAUACAUAAAAACAGGGGCGCCUGGGUGGCUCAGUCAUUAAGCAUCUGCCUUCGGCUUGGGUCAUGAUCCCAGGGUCCUGGCAUCGAGCCCCACGUCGGGCUCCCUCCUCUGCGGGAAGCCUCCUUCUCCCUCUCCCACUCCCCCUGCUUGUGUUCCCUCUCUCACUGUCUCGCUCUCUCUGUCAAAUAAAUAAAAUAUUUAAAAAAAAAAAGACACAGCAAUGAAAUAGAAUGGUAAGCCCAGAAAUAAACCCUUACAGACGUAAUCAAAUGAUUCUGAUUUUCAACAAGAGUACUAUGACCAUUCAAUUGGGAAAGAACUAUCUUUUCAACAAAUGGUGCUGGGAAAACUGGAUAUCCACAUGCCAACGAAUGAGGUUGAACCUUAUCUUGCACCAGACAAAAAAAUUAACUCAAAAUGGAUCAAAGAUCUAAACGUUAAGGCCUAAUUUAUAUAAUAAUACUCUUACAAGGAAAUAUGCGGGAAAAGUUCAUUACACUGGAUUUGGCAGUGAUUUCUUGGAUAUGACACCAAAAGUACAGACAACAAAAGUAAAAAUAGAUUAAAUUGAACAUCAAUAUUUAAAACUCUGUGACUCAGAAGAUACUAUCAACAGAGUAAAAAAGUAACCUACAGGAUGGGAGAAAUAUUUACAAAUCAUGUAUCUGGUAAGAACUCCUAAAACAACAACAAAAAAACAAAGAGCCCUAUUAAAAAUGGGCAAAGACCUUGAAUAGACAUUUCUCCAAAUGUAAUAUAUAAAUGGCCAAUAAUCACAUGAAAAGGUAUUCAACAUCAUUAACUAUUAGGGAAAUGCAAAUCAAAACUAGAAUGAGAUACUACUUUACCACAUUAGAAUGGCUAUUAUUUAAAAAAAAAAAAAAAGUCACCAAGGAUGUAGAAAACUGGAACCCCUGUGAACUCUUGAUUGUAAUAUAAAAUGCUAUAGCUGGUAUGGAAAACAUACAGUGGUUCCUCAAAAAAUUAAAAAUAAAAUUGCCAUCCAACAAUUUCACUUCUGGUAUAUACCCAAAAGAAUAUAAAGUAGGGAUUCAAAUAUUUGUACACCCAUGUUCACAGAAGCAUUAUUCACAAUAGCCAAAAGAUGGAAACAACCAAGGUAUCCAACAAAGUAUGAAUAAAUUAACAAAAUGUGGUAUAUACACACAAUAGCAUGUUCAGUCUUAAAAAGAAAGGUAAUGCUGACAAAUGCCACAGCAUGGAUGAACCUUGAAGACAUUAUGCUAUGUGAAUAAGCAAGUGACAGACAAACGCUGUGUGAUUCCACUUAUAGGAGGUAUCUGGAGUAGUCAGAUUCACAGAAGCAGAGAGGAGAAUGUGGUUACCAGGUGCUGGGAGGUGGGAGAAUCAAGAAUUGUUUAACAGGGGGCGCCUGGGUGGCUCAGAUGGUUAAGCGUCUGCCUUCGGCUCAGGUCAUGAUCCCAGGGUCCUGGGAUUGAGUCCCGCAUCGGGCUCUCCGCUCCUUGGGAGCCUGCUUCUCCCUCUACUUCUCUCUCUCUGUCUCUCAUGAAUAAAUAAAUAAAAUCUUUAAAAAAAAAAAAAAAAAAAAAAGAAUUGUUUAACAGGUAUGGGGUUUCAAUUUUGAGAGACAAAAAAGUUCUGGAGACUGGCUGCACAACAAUGUGAAUAUAUUUAACACUACUGAACUGUACACUUAAAUCUGAUUAAGAUGAUGAAUUUUAUGUUUAUGUGUAUUUUAUCACAAUUUUUAAAAUAUGCAUAUAACGGGGUACGUGAGUGGCUUAGUCAGUUAAGUGUCCGACUCUUGAUCUCAGGGUUGUAAGCUCAGCAUGGAUAACAUACAGGUUUACCUUAUUAUAUGACCUUGAAGGCUCUGAAAGAAGUACACUGAGAUUGGUUAUCUUCUUAAAAUAACUCCAAAAAAGAGCUAAAUUUCAGAAGUACCAAGAUUUUUCUAAAUUUUAAUAACCUAGAAGUAUAAUCCUAGUUAAAUAACACCAAUUUGCUUUUUAAAAAAGUCAUGGGGAUUAAAACACAAUUCUUAAAAAACUCACAUUGUGGAGAAUUUGGGAAGAUGGUGAAGUAGGAGAAUCCUGAACUCACCUCCUUCCAUGAUCACAUCCAAGGCUGCAACUACAUAUAGUGUAACUCAAUGGGGAAAUGACCUAAAGACUAACAGACUAGCUCUUCCACAGCUAAAAAUGUAAAGAAAAAGCCACAUCAAGAAGGGUAGAAGGGGGAGGGGGGAAAGAAGGGUAGAAGGGCCAGAGAUGUGGCUAGGAAUCAAAACCCUGGUGCAGUGACCCACAAGCAAGUGGGAUAUCAAAAGUGUAGAGGUCCUCCCUGAAGAGCAAGGGGACCAAGCCCGACAUUAGGUAUAUUCUCCACCUGGUGAUCUGUGCUGCGAGGACAGGCCCCCAUAAUGUCUGGCUUUGAAAAUCAGCAGGGCUUAACUCCAGAAGAACUGGAGGGCUAUAGAACUGAGAUUCUAUUCUUAAAGAAACCAGCAUAUUGUAGCAUUCACUCCAACACCCAGAAGAGGGGCAAGUGUUCAAAAAGCACGUGGGCCCUACAUGAAGAAAACUUUUGACUACCUUUAGGACAUGUGCUAGAGGGGCAGGGAUCAGUAGGAACUUUCCUGGGAAUGGAAUUGCUGAUGAGCACCAUUAUUCUUGAUGCCCUUCAGCCUCACUAGCCCAACAUUGGUGGAAGACAGCACUGACGAUCUCUAUCUAACUUGCUAGCAGGGCUUACCCAGCCCCAACAUUCCCCCAAACACCCACUCCCACCCUACCUGCCCACCUCAACAGGCACAGCUCCAAAGUGUCUUCUGCCCCAGUAAGGGGGUCCAGCACCACCCGCCAGCAAGUCCACAAUAGUUAUAGCAGAGCCUGUCAGCCAGCUCUGCCAGAGGCUAAUCCCACCAACCAGCACCCCCUCAGCAGCAUCAGCCAGGCCUUUCCACCAUCUGUGCCAGGGAAUGGCCCUGCUCACCAAUAUGCUGGCAGUAGUCACACCCAGUCAUUGCAGUCAGCCAAUCUAACCCAGACCCACCAUCAGAAUGCCCAUUAAACUUGUGGCUCAGUCAUUAACAGGAGGAUGCAUGCAGCUCACACAGGAGACAUUCCUGAAGCACCUGGUUCUGGUGACCAGUGGAUUGCACUACUGCCCCCCCACACCACCGACACCCUGUAUACAAAGCCACUAUUUUCAAGGCCAGGAGACAUAGCUGACCUAGCAAAUACAUAGAAACAAACACAGAGAGUCAGACAAAAUUAAAAGAAGAACAGUCUAAACAAUAGAACAGGACAAACCCCAGAAAAAGAACUGAACAAAAUGUAGGUAGGCAAUCUACUGAUAAAGAGUUCAAAGUACUGUUUGCAAAGAUGCUGUUUGCUUUUACUAGUGAGAUAUUUUUCCUUUCAUAAUGUUCUUACUUUUAGUUAUGGCCUUUCCUCCAGAUUUGAGAGAAGAGUGGAUGAAUUCAGUGAGAGUAUCAACAAAGAUAUAAAAUAUUUUUAAAAAAUAAGAGCUAAAGAAUACAGUAACAGAAAUGAAAAACAUACUAGAGGGAGUUGAAAGCAGAUAGAGGAUGCAUAAGAACAGAUUAAUGAUCUGGAAGACAGAGUAGUGAAAACCAUCAAAGAUGAACAGCAAAAAGAGGAAAGAAUUUUAAAAAUUAAGAUAGGUCAAGCAGGGGUGCCUGGGUGGCUCAGUCGGUAAGCGUCUGCCUUCGGCUCAGGUCAUGAUCCCAGGGUCCUGGGAUCGAGCCCCACAUCGGGCUCCCUGCUCUGCGGGAAGCCUGCUUCUCCCUCUCCCACUCCCCCUGCUUGUGUUCCCUCUCUUGCUGUGUCUCUCUGUCAAAUAAAUAAAUAAAAUCUUAAAAAAAAAAAAAAUAGGUCAAGCAACCUCUGGGAUGACAUCAAGAAUACUAACAUUCACAUUAUAGGAGUCCCAGGAGGAGAAGAAAGAGGAAAAGAGGUAGAAAAGUUAUUUGAAAAAGUAAUAGAUGAAAACUUCCCUAACCUGGAGAAGGAAACAAACAUCUAGAUCCAGGAAACACAGAGACCUAAACAAGAUGAACCAAGAAGGUCCACACUAAAACACAUAAUUAUUAUAAUGGCAAAAAUUAAGAAAAGGAGAGAAUCUGAAAGCAGUGAGGGAAAAGCAAUUAGUUACAUACAAGGGAUACCUCAUAAGGCUAUCAGCUGAUUUCUCAGCAGAAACUUUUCAGGCCAGAGAAGAGUGGCAUGAUAUAUUCAAAGUGCUGAAAGGAAAAAAACCUACAACCAAGAAUACUUCACCUGGCAAGUUUAUUAUUCAGAAUUGAAGGAGCAACAUAGCAUUUCCCAGACAAACAAAAGUUAAAGAAGUUCAUCACCACUAAACUGUACAAGAAAUGUUAAAGAGCCUUCUUUAAGCAGAAAAGGAAAGGCCAUAACUAAAAGUAAGAACAUUAUGAAAGGAAAAAUAUCUCACUAGUAAAAGCAAACAUAUAACAUAGCAGUCAAUCACUUAUAAUGCUAGUACAAAGUUUAAAAGACAAAGGUAGGGGGACACCUAGGUAGGCCACAUCGGGCUCCCUGAUCACUGGGGUGUCUGCUUCUCCCUCUGCCUGCUGCUCCCCCUGCUUAUACUCUCUCUCCUUCUCUCUCUGACAAAUAAAAUCUUUAAAGAAAAAUUCUCAAAAGACUAAAUUAAAAAAAAUUUUUUUUAAAGACAAAGGCAGUAAAAUCAAUUAUGUCUACAAAAAUUAGUUGAGACAUGCAGAAUAAAAAAAUAUACAUAUGACAUCAGACACCUAAAACGUGGAAGGGGGAGUAAAAAUAUAGUGCUUUUAGGAUGUGUUCUAACAUAGGUACCCAUCAACUUAAAAAAAAAAAAUGGACUACUAUAAACAUAGAGGAGGUUAUAUUCUAUGAGCAUCACAGUAACCAUGACCAAAAACCUGUAGCUAGAUACACAAGAAAAUAUAAAGAAAGCCAAGUAUAACAUUAAAGCCAUCAAACCACAAGGAAAGAGAGCAAGAGAAGAAUGAACAGAGAACUAAAAAAAACAACGAGAAUACAUUUAACAAAAUGGCAAUAAGUUCAUAACUAACAGUAAUUGUUUUAAAUAUAAACAGACUAAGGGCUCCAAUCCAAAGACAUAAAGAGACUGAAUGGAUUAAUAAAAAUUUAAAAAAAGACCAAUCUAUAUGCUGUCUACAAGAGACUCACUGUAUUUAUUUAUUUAUUUAUUUUAAGUAGGCUCCUUGCCCAGCAUGAAGCCCAAUAUUGGGCUUGAACUCACCAACUCACUACCCUGAGAUCAAGAGUUGGAUACUUAACCGACUGAGCCACCCAGGAGCCCCAAGAGAUUCACUUUAGAUCAAAAGAUACAUACAACCUGAAAGCAAAGGGAUGGAAAGAGAUACACUAUGCAAAUGGAAGAAAACAGAAUAAAGGCCUUAUAUGAAAAACCCACAGCCAACAUUAUACUCAAUGGUAAAAAACUGAGCCUUUUCCCCUACGGUCAGGAACAAGAUAAGAACAUCCACUCUCAUCACUUUUAUUCAACAUAGUACUAGAAGCCCUAGUCACAAUGAUUACACAACAUAAAGAAAUAAAAGGCAUCCCCAUUUGGCAAGGAAGAAGUAAAACUCUAUUUACAGAUGACAUGAGACUAUAUAUAGAAAACCUUAAAGACUCCAUCAAAAAACUACUAGAACUGAUAAAUGAAUUUGGUGAAGUUGCAGGAUACAAAAUCAACAUACAAAAUUCUGUUGCAUUCCUAUAUACUAAUAAUGAAGCAGCAGAAAGUGAAAUUAAGAAAACAAUCCCAUUUACAAUUACACCAAAAACAAUAUCUUAAAGAGGUAAAAGACCUGUUCUCUGAAAACUAUAAACCACCAAUGAAAGAAAUUGAAGAAGACAUGCAAAAAAAUGGAAAGACAUUUCAUGCUCAUGGAUUGGAAGAUCAAAUAUUGCUAAAAUGGCUAUACUACCCAAAACUAUUUACAGAUUAAAUGCAAUUCCUACCAAAAUACCAGUAACAUUUUUCACAGAACUAGAACAAACAAUCCUAAAAUUUGUAUAGAACCACAAAAGAUCCCAAAUAGCCAAAGCAAUCUUGAAAAAGAAAAACCAGAGGUAUCACAAUUCCAGAUUUCAAGUUAUAUUACAAAGUGGUAGCAAUUAAAACAGUAUGGCACUGGCAUAAAAACAGAUCAAUGGAAUAGAAUAAAAAACACUCAGAAAUGAACCCACAAUUACACAGUCAAUCAACAAAGGAGGAAUGAAUAUACAGUGGGAAAAAGACAGUCUCUUCAACAAAUGGGUGUUGGGAAAACUAGACAGCAACAUGAAAAAGAAUGAAACUGAAUCACUUUCUUUUACUAUACACAAAAAUAAACUCAAAAUGGAUUAAGGACCUAAAUAUGAGACUUGAAACCAUAAAUAUCCUUGAAAAGAGCACAGGCAGUAAUCUCUCUGACAUCAGCCAUAGCAACAUUUUUAAAGAUCUGUCUCCUGAGACAAGGGAAAUAAAAGAAAAAAUAAACAAUUUGGACCUCAUCAAAAUAAAAAGUUUCUGCACAGUGAAGGAAACAAACAAAAUGGAAAGGUAACCUAAUGAAUAGGAGAAGAUAUCUGCAAAUGACAUAUCCAAUAAAGGAUUAGUAUCCAAAGUAUCUAAAGAACUGAUACAACUCAACACCCCAAAAACAAAUAAUCCAAUUAAAAAAUGGGCAGAAGACACAAGCAGACUUUCUCCAAAGAAGACAUACAGAUGACCAGCAGACACAUGAAAAGAUGCUCAGCAUCACUCAUCUUAAGGGAAAUGCAAAUCAAAACCGCAAUGAGGUAUCAUCUCACACCUGUCAGAAUGGCUAAAAUCAAAAAUAAAAGAAACACGUGUUGGCAAGGAUGUGGAGGAAAAUGAACCCUCAUGCACUGUUGGCGGGAAUGUAAACUGGUGCAGCCAUUGUGGAAAACAGCAUGGAGGUUCCUCAAAACGUUAAAAAAUAGAACUACCCUAUGAUCCAGGAAUCACACUCCUGGGUAUUUAUCCCCCUAAUACAAAAACACUAAUUCAAAGGGAUACAUGCACCCCUAUGUUUAUUACUGCAGUAUUUAAA